GGUGACGUAUACGGAAGACUCCUCACUGAGUUCGCGAGAGUUUGGUGUCGACGUGGGAUUUCAAUAUCAAGGGUUGAGCUCCUGGGGUGUAAAAGGAAUUUCUGACUAUGAGUGAUGAAAAACCUUUCUUAUGCACUGCUCCUGGGUGUGGACAGAGAUUUACAAAUGAAGACCACUUGGCUGUCCACAAGCAUAAGCAUGAGAUGACACUGAAGUUUGGUCCUGCAAGGAAUGACAGUGUCGUAGUUGCAGACCAAACACCCACGCCGACUCGCUUCCUGAAGAACUGUGAGGAGGUUGGACUGUUCAAUGAACUAGCCAGUCCUUUUGAACAUGACUUCAAAAAAGCUACUGAAGAGGACAUUAAAAAGUUACCUUUGGAUCUGUCGCCUCUUGCGACACCAAUGCCUCUUGCGACGCCAAUUAUGCGAAACAAAAUGGAGGACCACUCCGCUCUGGAGCCCCACCGGGACAGUCCACUUCCCCAUCCAGAAUCCACCACCUGUGAUGACAAGGAGGUUUCUCUGCAGCUGACCUCACUGCCAACAUCCACUAUAGUUCGUCCUGCAUCACUCCAAGUCCCAAAUGUACUCCUAGCGACUUCAGAUGCUAGUGUUGUAAUACAGCAAGCUCUCCCAUCGCCAACAUCUAGCUCUGUAAUUACCCAAGUCCCAUCCUCUAAUAGGCCAAUAGUUCCUGUGUCUGGAACGUUCCCCGUGCUCCUGCAGCUUGCUAAUGGCCAGACCCUGCCAGUCACCAUCCCCGCCUCCAUCACCAGCUCAAGUGUACAUAUUCCAACUGCCAUCCCUCUUGUCAGACCCGUCACCAUAGCGCCCAACGUCCCCGGUAUCCCAGGACCCCCUUCUCCACAGCCUGUCCAAUCAGAAGCCAAGCUGAAGCCGAAGGCAGCUCUGAGCCCGCAGCUCCCUCAGGUAACCAGCGCCGAUGCUGGGGCCGUCCAGAGCAACGCCGUCACCCACACCUCCGCGCCCGCCCCCGCCCCGCCUCCGGCCCCGCCUCCGGCCCCGUCCCCGGCCCCCUCAGAGGAGCCCUGUCCCCAGUCCCUCCAGCAGCCUGCCACCUCCACCACCGAGACGCCUGCCUCCCCUCCGCCCCCCACCCAGCACACCCCCAGCACAGGGGUCCGGCGUCGCAGGGCCACCAGCGAGGACCCGGACGAGAAGAGGCGCAAGUUCCUGGAGCGUAACCGGGCGGCGGCGUCGCGCUGCAGGCAGAAGAGGAAGGUGUGGGUGCAGUCGCUGGAGAAGAAGGCCGAGGACCUCAACUCCAUGAACGGACAGCUGCAGAGCGAAGUCACCCUCCUGAGGAACGAGGUGUCCCAGCUGAAGCAGCUCCUCCUGGCCCAUAAAGAUUGCCCUGUAACCGCCAUGCAGAGGAAAUCUGCCUAUCACACCGCAGAGCGCGAGGACAGCUGCGAGGACAUGUCCAUCCCAGGCAGCCCCCAGGAGGAGGCCAUCCAGCACAGCUCCGUCAGCACCUCCAACGGGGUCAGCUCCUCCUCCCUGACCCCCGGAGGCCCCGCCCCCGCCGGCGCCGAGCAGAGCACAGCGGAGGCUGAGCCGCAAGGGGGCGGGGCUCAGUCCCAGCCCUCAGGAAGCUGAUUGGACGCAGCCUCGACACCUCUGCAGCCGGGGGGGGGGGUGAGAGGGGAGGAGGGCUCUUGCCCGGCUGCAGACUGCACCUCCUCAUCGUUUGGUUUCCGUUGCGUCCACCUUUACGUCCUUGAACGCAGCUCAGUUCCCUGAAAACGCAGUGGCCUGUGAGACGUGGCUGAAGAUUCAGAAGAAGGCACUUUAAGUGUAACCGUGUAAAUAUGGUGUCGCCGUGUGAAACACACCUACGAUUGUUCAUGCUUUGUUGUAUUUAUUUAUUGAUGUUUUACAUGUUAUUUUCGAUCAAUCUAUGUGAUGUUGAAAAAUACCUUACCAAAGUGUGUUUUGGCUCAACUGACAGAAAGGUUUUUUUUUUUUUUUUUUUUUUUUUUUA